GAGCACAGCUUUAGAGGAUGAGUUAGUACCAUUAGUCGUGUUCCAGGGAGUGACAGUCGCCUGGAUAAGUGGAUAAGGUGUGCUGCUCCCUUCCCUCCUCGGUGCCGCAGAACACAAUGGCUGAUGUUGAAGGAAGCAGCAGGCUUUAUCGGAAUGGCCCAGACCAAGUCAUCCCAGCAGCAUCUUUAAAGACCUGGGAUGCAGAUGGAGCUGUGCAACUUGUGUUAUCAGAUGAGGAGGCUGCAUCUUUCAAACCCAAGUCUGUAUACACCAUGAUGAGAGAAAUCGCUGAAGAGUAUCCACAGCAUAAUGCACUGGCCGUCAAAAGAGGAGUGUGGAAAUACUGGACCUACAAGCAAUACUUUGAGGAAGCCAGGACCGUUGCCAAGGCCUUUAUCAAGCUGGGUCUAGAGAGAUUCCAUGGUGUCUGCAUCAUGGGCUUCAAUUCUCCUGAAUGGGCCAUAGCCAGUUUUGGAGCAGUGUUUGCUGGUGGGCUUUCCACAGGAGUGUACACCACCAACUCUCCAGAGGCCUGCAGAUACUUGGCUGACAACUGUGAAGCUCAAAUAAUUGUUGUAGAGGACCAAGAUUGCUUGAAUAAAUUUCUAGCUGUCAAGCGCUUCCUUCCUAACAUAAAGGUUAUCAUUCAGUGGUCUGGCAUCCCAGGAGCACCUGGAGUACUGUCUUGGCCCGAGCUCUUAGCCGUGGGCAUGGCUGAGAGGGACACACACCUGGAUGAAAGACUCUCCUUGGCUGCAGUGAACCAGUGUUGCACGCUCAUCUACACUUCUGGGACAACUGGGCCGCCAAAAGGAGUAAUGUGCUCACAAGAUCAUCUAGUUUGGACAAGCUACAAGUACAAAGGAGACGGGUCACUGAUAAUGGGUCAAGAACGUAUGCUGUCUUACCUUCCUUUGAGCCACCUGGCAGCAAACAUGUUAGACCUUUACAUAGCAACCGUGUGUGCUGGCCUUGUGUAUUUUGCCCAGCCAGAUGCAUUGAAGGGCACCCUACUACAGACCCUCCUUGAAGUUCAGCCUACUCGUUUCGUUGCUGUUCCGAGGGUCUGGGAAAAGAUGUAUGAAAAGAUGCAGGAGGCUGGGGCUCAAGUAGGAGGUCUGAAGAAAGCUGUUGCCUCCUGGGCCAAAUAUCAUGGGCUGAACUACUAUAAUGCCAUAAAGGAAGGAAGAACCUUAACGGCAUAUGAGACAAUGGCCAAUGCACUCGCAAAAAAACUCAUCCUCAACAAAGUAAAGGCAGCAAUUGGCAUGUCUCGUGCAACUAGCUUGGUCUCAGGAACUGCACCAAUUUCCAAGGAUGUUCUGGAGUACUUCAUGAGCUUGGAUCUACCCAUUAUGGAGGGCUAUGGUUUGUCAGAGAGCAUGAGCAUAUGUUCAGUGUCUUUGGUUGACGAAGGAAUAUGGAAACUAGGAAGUGUUGGCAAGAUCGACCCUCACGUUAAAUGCCGCUUAAGUUACCUUGACGGAUGCCGGCCCGGAGAGGGAGAAAUAUUAAUUAAGGGACGAAACAUAUUCAUGGGGUAUUUGAAGAUGCCAGAUAAAACAAAUGAAACAAUUGACAGCGAGGGAUGGCUGUACACAGGUGACAUUGGGAGUUUUGAUGAUGAAGGAUAUCUAUAUAUUACUGGACGCAUCAAAGAGCUUAUCAUCACAGCUGGAGGUGAGAACAUUCCCCCGGUGCUCAUUGAGAGAGCAGUGUUGAAGGAACUCCCGUUCAUCAGUAAUGCAAUGCUGAUUGGGGACAAAAGAAAGUAUUUGUCAAUGUUGCUGACUCUGAAAUCAGAGGUUGAUGUGGACACUGGAGAACCACUGAGCACACUGACUCCACCUUGCCGGGAAGCAAUGGUGACCCUCGGGCUUCCACACGUGCACACAGUGACUGAGGCUUUGGCUGAGGUAGAGCAGAACCCCCAAGGAGCUCUGGCUACUGCCAUACAGGAGGGAAUUGAGAGAUACAACACUCAACACGCCAUAUCAAGAGCACAGAGAGUGCAGCGCUGGACACUCUUGCCUCACGACUUUUCUCUUCCUACAGGUGAACUAAAUAACACACUGAAGUUGAAAAGAAGCUUUGUUUUAGAAAAAUAUUCAGAUAUCAUUGACUCCAUGUACAAUUCACAAGACCAGUCAAAACUAAAAAGUAGACUAUAGUCUUGAGGAUCAAAUUCCACACACUAAUGGCUCAGAGUUUGGAAAUGCAAAUCUUGAAAUUUUUCCUGUAUUUCUAUAAUCAAGUUUCCUUUAAAAAGAAAAAAAUAAGAUGGUAAUAUUUACUGUUAAAGUAAAUAAUUUACUGGCUGGAAUAUAGAGUAAGUGUGAAAGUACCUCCAAGUUCAGAAAUUUGAGGAUCAUCUUAAAAGAUACCACACACCUUGUAUGCCAGCACACAUGGCAGCAUGAGGAGCUGGCAUCUUUUGGUAUCUUUUGACUCUUGAUGGUUGGUUGCCAUUACCAAAAUGUACAUGAGUAAAUGAUCAAUCAAAUAAGAAAAUAUUGUAAAAAGAAAAAAAUAAACUUUAAUUCUAAGGAUAUUCCAGCAGGUUGGUCAAUAUUUUAAUGAGUUAAAAGUGAAGAUUUAUGUUGGGUGCUUACUUGUUUGCUGUUGCAAAGGAUCUCCACCCACAGCACGCACCCUGUUUGCUUCGGUAUAAAGCUGUCUUGGCUCUUGCUGUAACAGGCUGCACUACCUGCUGGUAUAUGAAUAGCCACUGAUUGUCUCUGUCAGUGUAUUGUAGUCAUUUAUUGUUAGAAAAAUAUUACAAGGGAGGAGGUCAGUGCCUGGCAGCUACCGCCACUGUAAAACUAUAAAUGACUACAUAUGUAUAGUGUACACAGAAAAUGAAAUACAUAUACAUCUAUAGUUUGUAAUAUGAUAAUAUAGGAGAACUCUAUACUUGUUUAUACAAUGAGAUACAGAUUACACAAAAUAUCCACAAAUUAAAGGCAAAUGUUAAUGUAGGUAAAUUUAGUAUGUGGAGGAAAAGAUACAGGAAUUAAUUUUCUUUCCACCAAUUUUUAUUGAAUGCUAAUCAGCCACCUGGCACAUGCAUCAAAAUGAACAUGCACUCCUGAAAUGAUGCUAUUUAUGAAUUAUCUGUUUAAUAAAAGACACCACAACAACAAGGUAAAGUAUUGGUUCCAAGUUCAAAGAUGUAUACUUAUUCAGUCCACUGAGACAUUUAUUUUGUAAACAGUCACCUACAAACUUUGAAUAUAUAGACCUUUACUGAUAACUUAUUAGUAUCUGGAGAUGUGAAAUACCUGUUGCAGAUUUAAACAAUGGAAAUUAUGAUAAUUCUAUGACCGUGGGUCGCUUGUGGUGGUGUGUACUUACAUUUUUGCAUUGUGCAGCCAUGCACUGGUUGGUAAGCAGGACAAGAGACGAGGUGGUGCCAAGCUGCUAUACGUUGGGACGAGGAUAUUAAUUAGUUACGAGAAAUGUUAGAUAUCCGUUUUUCCUGAUAAAACGUUAAUGUAGUCUGAUCUUUAUAAAAAAAUUAUUCAUGCUUCAACUUAUUUAAGACUAUUGAGACCAUAAUGUUUUUAGGAUAUAUUUUGAUGUAAUGUAUUUAAGUACUUAGAAAAAAAUGUUCAGACUUUUUGAUAAAUAUUUUAUUCUUAUCAAAUCGAUUUCAUAUAUUACUUUAAUUUAACAUAAUUAAAAGUAUUAAAUUUA